AUGUUCAGGCGCCUCUUCCCCGGGCUAAGGAGGAUCUCUCCGCAACUCAGAACGGACGAGAUCGAAAUGAACCCAGUGCAUCCCACGCAAAGCCGAGCCACUCAGGAACCAGAGGUGAACCGCUCAACCUGGUUUCAGAAAUUGAAAGAUGGUAUCGCAGACAUCACCAGGCGCGUAGACGACUGUCCCAAGGAAAUCGCGGGUGCUUGCUUUUCCACGGAGAUUCGCGCAGCAUUCAUCCUUGCCGAGUCGGGUUAUGGUUGUCCCUGUCACAAGCCGCUCGACUCGCAAGGAAAUUGCGCCAACAAGGUCGAGUGGACUGAAUGUUAUAACGAUGUCAAACUCGACCUUAUCACUGCCACCACUGCAGUGUCUGGGCUCUCUAGCAUUCUCUUCGGUUUUUUCACGAACCUGCCUGUGGCUCUCGGCCCCGGCAUGGGACUCAAUGCAUACUUUACUUACCAGGUCGUGGGCGUCAAUGGCUCAGGCUUGGUCAAUUACCGAGUUGCACUCACUGCUGUGUUCAUGGAAGGUUGGAUAUUUAUGUUCCUUGCCUUGACAGGAUUGCGUCACUGGCUGGUCAAGAUCAUACCCGGGACCAUCAAGAUCGCAAGCGGCGUAGGAAUCGGCCUCUUCUUGACCCUCAUCGGCAUGUCGUAUACCUCUGGUCUCGGCAUAGUCACGGGUGGCAUCAGCACACCGCUAACCAUCGGAGGGUGCCCAACUGAGAAUCUCAACGAGGCUGGAGAGUGUGCGUCAGGAAUAAUGACGAACCCAAAGAUGUGGGUGGGCAUCAUAUGUGGCGGCCUACUUACGACGAUCUUGAUGGCUUUUCGCGUCAAGGGAGCAAUCAUCAUGGGCAUCGCCCUUGUCUCCUUUUUAUCAUGGCCACGCAACACCCCCUUGACGUACUUUCCUAACAACCAUGACGGCGACCAGAGGUUCAAUUACUUCUCCAAGGUCGUCAGUUUUCACCCAAUCCAUCACACGCUGGCCCAACAACAAUGGAACCUCGCAGGAGAGUCUGGAUCGCGCUUCGCGAUCGCCUUGUUCACUUUCCUCUACGUGGACAUCAUCGACUGCACCGCCACACUGUACUCAAUGGCACGGUUUUGUAGCAGAGCACGGAGGGACAAGGCCGACUUUCCCCGAUCGACAGUCGCAUUCUGCGUUGACGCUUUCUGCAUCUCAAUGGGCGCGCUGCUCGGGUUGUCACCGGUCACCGCCUUCAUCGAGAGCAGCGCUGGUAUUGCAGAGGGUGGGCGAACUGGCCUGACGGCUAUCUUUACUGGAUUCUGUUUCCUUAUCUCCCUGUUCUUCGCCCCGCUCUUUGCGUCCAUUCCAACCUGGGCCACGGGAAGCACGCUGAUACUAGUCGGUUGCAUGAUGAUUCGCCAAGUCACCAAGAUCAACUGGGGCUACGUCGGUGACGCCAUUCCAUCGUUCAUCACGAUGGCCUUCAUCCCGUUCACCUUCAGCUGUGCCUACGGACUUAUUGCUGGUCUCUUCGCCUACGUUGUCAUCAACGGCAUCAUUUCUAUCGUUGUCAAAGUUUCCAGGCAAACUAUAGUCCCUGAAAACUACGAGCUGAAGGAGUACUGGUCCUGGAGAUUCCCAGGAGAAAAACCGUGGAUAGCCGGGGCCGUUCUCCGCUGCAUCAAUUGGAUCAAACGACGGGAGGACCGCCGGGCUUCGUUCGCGCUCGACUCACGCGACGAAUCGGCCCACGCGGAGCAGUACAGGUCUGAUACGGGUUCGAAGGCAGCGGCGGAUGUCCGCGAGAUGCCGAGUAUCACAACGCCCGAGCCCUUCCGGAAGGCCUACUAA